CAGCUUUAAAAUAAAACAUGCGUCAUCAUCUGAAAUACUGUUGCAAAGGAAGAAAUCCUUAGAAGUUGAAGAGCACACAGCUGAGAGCAGCUUCACAUCAGAUCUGCUCUGUUGAUUAUUCACCCGUCUUCUUAACUCGCUCUCUCACCCGCUCUUCUACUUCGCAUUCGUCCACUCAGUCGACUCGCUUCUCUAACUCUAACUUUAACAUUUAUUUAUCAUAUGUACACAGUCUGUCUGUGGAUGUGCAUUUUGAGAUAGUGCCCGGAGGCUGAUUGGUUUGGCUGCAUUGGAUGGACUGAUCGUGGAAAUGGUGAUUUUCUGGUUAGUUAAGCCGGAGUUCGUGUGACUGGCUGGAUUUUCCGGCGAAUUCGCCGGUGGAGAAGAUGUUUCGGUCCACGAGAUGGAGGAACGAGAAGAAUAAGAUCAAAGCAGUCUUCAAACUUCAGUUCCAUGCAACUCAGGUAACCCAGCUGAAUGUGGAUGCAUUGGUGAUAUCUGUGGUCCCUGGGGACGUUGGAAAGCCAACAGCAAGAUUAGAGAAGGGUAUAUUCCGAGAUGGAACCUGUGGGUGGGAAUAUCCCGUCUAUGAAACUGUGAAAUUCACCCGGGACUCAAGAACUGGGAAGAUCAAUGAGAGAACAUACCAUUUCAUUGUCUCAACUGGAUCGUCAAAGAAUAGUUUGGUUGGGGAAGUUUCAAUUGAUCUUGCUAAUUAUGCAGAGGCUACAAAAUCUUCCACUGUUUCUCUGCCCCUGAAGAAUUCAAAAUCCAAUGGGUUUUUGCACGUUUCAAUUCAGAAGCUGCACAGAAAUGUUGACCAAAGAGAUGGGGAGGAAACUGAAGAUGCAAACAUCAAAAUUGCGAACAGUACUCUGAACACCCUCUUAAGCAAUAGUGACGUGGAAAAAGGCAUUAAGAGUAAUUCUAAUGAAGUCAGACCACUUAACAACGCCAGCCACAAUUCAGAAGUUAAUGGGGACUGCAGAACAUCCAGUGGUUCUGACAUUACAAUGUCAAGUUCUGAGAGCAGCUCUGGGCUUAACACUCCACGUGAACUUGGAUUAAGAAAUAAUACCGUCCUGCAGGAACCGACUACCUUCCUAUCAUCUCGGAGCCUCAACUCAGCUCCUCAUAAACCGAGCACAAAAGCUUCAGCAACAAUCUAUGAAGAGCAUCAGCAAUCACAGUGGGAGUGGUCAGUAGAUUCUGAUCAUGGAGUAAUCACUGAUGACUCGAUGAACAGUUCAGGCAACCUUGCAAGAGAAAGGUCUCAACACACUUCAGAUAUUGAGAUUGAAAAGCUCAAGGCUGAAAUCGUUACUUUGACUAGACAAGUAGAUAUGUCAGAUUUGGAAUUGCAGACCCUUCGAAAGCAGAUUGUAAAAGAAAGCAAAAGGGGGCAGGAUCUCUCAAGAGAAGUCACAGUCUUGAAAGAGGAGAGAGAUGUUCUUAAGGCAGAAUGUGAGAAACUCAAGGCCUUUCAGAAACGCAUAGAGGAGACAAAGAGCAAAAACAAAUCACAAUUUGAUUGUGGGGAUCCUCGGGCUCUUCUUGAUGAAAUCAGACAAGAACUUAAUUAUGAGAAGGAACUGAAUGUUAAUCUUCGAUUACAGCUACGGAAGACCCAGGAAUCAAACGCUGAGCUGAUACUUGCUGUAAAAGACUUGGAAGAAAUUGUGGAACAGAAAAAUAAGGAGAUGUCCGAUUUUUCAAACAAAUCAAGAUCCUCUUACAAUGCCAUAUCAAGAAGUGACACUGAUGAUGAUGAGGAGCAGAAGGCGUUGGAAGAGCUUGUUAAGGAGCAUCGAGAUGCUAAGGAAACAUACCUGCUAGAGCAAAAGGUCAUGGAUCUCGUCAGUGAGAUAGAGAUCUACAGGAGAGAUAAAGAUGAACUAGAGAUACAAAUAGAGCAGCUUGCUCUCGACUAUGAGAUAUUGAAGCAGGAGAACCAUGACAUGUCAUAUAAAUUAGAGCAAAGUCAGCUGCAAGAACAACUGAAGAUGCAGUAUGAAUGCUCUUCUUUUACAAAUAUAAAUGAACUAGAAAGCCAGAUAGAGAGCCUUGAAAAUGAACUCGAGAAGCAGUCCAAAGAAUAUUCUGAUUCUUUGUUGACCAUAAAAGAACUUGAAACCCAUAUCAAGAGCUUGGAAGACGAACUGGAGAAACAAUUCCAAGGAUUUGAAGCUGAUCUUGAAGCUGUAACUUCUGCAAAAAUUAUGCAGGAGCAAAGAGCCAUCAAAGCAGAGGAGGCCUUGAGAAAGACAAGAUGGAAGAAUGCUAAUACAGCUGAGAGGCUACAGGAGGAAUUUAAAAAGCUGUCCAUGCAAAUGGCCUCUACAUUUGAUGCAAACGAGAGGGUGGCUAUGAAAGCACUGGCAGAAGCUGAUGAACUACGAUUGCAGAAAAGUCAAUUUGAAGAAAUGCUUCAGCAAACUAAUAAAGAUCUUCUAUCAGUUAGGGAUGAUUAUGAGACAAAACUGCACAACAUUUCCAGCCAAUUAAAAUUGAAAAUGGACAAGAUAGAGCAAAUGUCGAUGGAAAUUGAUGACAAAUCGAAGCAGCUGGAAAGUCAAAAGAAACAUGAGGAAGAACUUGUUGGAUCUUUCUCUCAGGAAAUAUCAAAUUUAAAAAGUGAGCUUGAGAAAUUAACAAUAGACAACAGAAUGCUUUCUGAACAAGCAGAACAAAAAGAAAAUAUGAGAGUUGAAUUGGAACAGUUGAAGGCUUCAGUUAAGCACACUGAAGAGCUGGUACAAAAAGGCAAUAUAGAGAGAAAUGAACUAGAGAGUACACUUGCUUUGAUGAAGAAAGAAGCACAAAAGUUGACGGAGGAGCUAACUAGAAUGAAAUCUCUUAAGGAUGAGAAGGAGACCACGGUGAAUAUCUUACAGACGGAGGUAGAAACACUAAAAGCCCAGUAUAAUGACAUGAAGGAUUCUCAUUUUGAGGAUGAGUUGGAGAAAGAAAAACUUAGAAAGCAAGUAUUCCAGUUAAAGGGUGAUGUUAAGAAGAAGGAAGAUACCAUCAUCACUAUUGAGAAGAAACUCAAAGAAAGCAACAAACGUACGACAGUUUCUGACAACACAAAAACUACUCUGAGAAACAAUAAAUCUGCUUUAGCUCCUAAUGGUUCUAAAGAGGCUGCAAAUCUGAGGGAGAAAAUAAAAGUGCUUGAGGGGCAGGUAAAACUAAAGGAAACUGCUUUAGAAAACUCAGCAAAUUCGUUUUUGGAGAAAGAAAGGGAUCUUCUAAACAAAAUUGAAGAAUUAGAGAGCAGAGUGGAGGAACUCAAUCUAAGCAGCAUUUUCCAUGACAACUCAUGCCAAAAGUUACCUGAGGACACCAGUGACUUUACUUUAAAUGGUGGUUUAACUGAAAAUGGAAAUGCAAAAUCAUCAUUCAAGAGCAAUUGUGCAAAUGGGUCAAAGAAAGAACUGAAGACUUGCAUCAUCAGCAAUGUCGAUUACAAUGCUAAUGAGUUAUUGAGUGAAUUAGAAUCAUUGAAGGAGAAAAACAAAUCAAUGGAAAAUGAACUUAAGGAGAUGCAAGAAAGAUAUUCAGAAAUAAGUCUCAAGUUUGCAGAGGUAGAAGGUGAAAGGCAACAGCUUGUGAUGACGGUAAGAAACUUAAAGAAUGCCAAGAAGUGAACAUACAGAAAACCUUAUAUACUUUUGUAUAGCUUAAAUGGUUGGUUGUGCCCAAAUGGAAAUUCUAAACACUGACAGUCCUAUCGGAGUGAAUAAUUAGUUUGUACAAAAUUAAUACCAAAAAAAAAAAAAAAAAAAUAUUACUGGCAAUCUAAAUGUAGGUAAGAUUUCUUUAAUUCAUGCUAUUUUUGUAAUUCUUUCACAUCUUGUCAAGUUGUUAUAUAUGGUGAUGUUUUCUAUUUUCUACUAAUGAAUUCUUUGCAAUUUUUACUCUGUUGAAACAUUAA